AUGCAAGAUACAGAAUAUUUUGACGACUUAGCAGAAACUUUGACAUCUGACUUUUACAACCACUUGUUCUCAUAUUUCAUGACAUUAGAUAUUUCUAAGUUCAAUCCAAGACAAAUUCCACAUACCGAAGAAAGACAAACAUUGUUAGAAGCAAACAAGAGUGUUUAUGAACUGUUUAUAGAUGAGACUAACUUUGAGUGUUUAGAUGAAAGGUCAUUGUACGAUGAAUAUAAACAAUAUUGCCAAGAGUAUGGUUAUAUGACAGCGUCUAAACGAACAUUCUUGGCAAAUGUCAAAAAUCUUUUAGAUGUUCAGAACGGCGUAUAUACAAAGAAAAAUUUUUCUGAGUAA